AUGGAGAGCUUCUUCCUGCAACAUAGCGUGCUUCGAGACCGCGAUUCAGACGAGCUGGGCGGCCGCGUCAACUCCGAUUCGGAAGCUAGCGAUGAGGAUGAAAUCACGGAUCGAGUACACUCCGUGGCGGAUCCAACGGGGCCAUGGGCACAGAAGGCUGUGGACGGUGAGACGUGGGGGAAACCCACGCGCGGAUUUCGCGGUGGCAAGGCGCGUGACUUCGCCUCGGCAAACACUGGACCAAAGGGAGUCAUCAAUGACUACAAGACUCAUAAACGCUAUCAGAAGCAAGAGCGUCAAAGGAAGGAAGCUGAGCGUGAAGCAGUCCUUACUCGUAUUGCCAAAGGUGCUACCGUCAGUUCUACUCCUUCGACACGUGACUCAACUGCACACUUGGAUUGCGAGUGUGAUGGAGGCUCAGACUGUGAAUGCGACGACAGUGACCUGGUAGACGACGCCUUCUUGGCACAAUAUGCCGAAAUGCGAGUGAAGCAGAUGCAGGACGCAGCACGCAACCGCAAAGUUUACGGGGAGCUCGAGUACAUCACACCGGAGCAGUUCGUGGCACUCACCUCUAAAGCAGACACUGAUCGCAGCAUGCUCGUGCAUCUCUAUCAUCCCGAGAACUAUGCCUGUGGGCUACUCAACUCCCAACUCGAGCUUCUGGCACGGAAACUCGUCCACGUCAAGUUCACGGCGAUGUUGGCCAAGGAAGCCGACGCGUCCAUCGAAAUGGCAGAUCUUCCGGUGGUACUGGUCUUCUGCGGACAUCAACAGGAGGUCGUCGUCGACGUUACACGCCGUCUCGAUGGCGAGUUCACACUCGAACGUGUGGAAGCUUUUGUAAGGGAGCAGCUCGGACUGUAA